AUGGAGAGAUCACACCGAGAAGUGAAAUUAGAAGAUAAAUGUGGCCCUGAAAUCAUGAAAAGGAGGAAAAGUACUUCUGUGUGUGCUUUAAUAGAUGACAAUGGAGACAGCAGUGCAAAGGUAUCUGGGAUGGGAUAUAAACAGGAGAAAGGAGAGACAGAGGAGGGAGCUCUAAUUCUUUGGGGGCAUCAGAAGCAAGUUCUCAAUGCAGAUGUCCAUCAUGGCUUGGUUCUGUCUCCUAUUAACACUCUUUAUUCAGUACAGAGGAUCCUGGGCCCAGUCUGUGGUGACUCAGCCUCCUCAGUGUCUCGGAACCUGGGGCAGAGCAUCACCAUCUCCUGCACUGGAAACAGCAACAAUAUAGGGCAUAGUAAUGAAGGAAAAUAUGUAGAUUGGUACCAACAAUUCCCAGGAAUGGCCCCCAAGCUUCUUAUAUAUGAAACUACCAAGCGAUAUUCUGGGGUCCCUGAUCGCUUCUCUGGCUCCAAGUCUGGCAACACAGCCUCCUUGACCAUCACAGGGCUCCAGUCUGAGGAUGAGGCUGAUUAUUAUUGCUGUGUUGGGGAUGCUAGUCUCAGUGCUGACACAGUGCUUCAGGCCAGUGGGGAAGUGAAACAAAAACUACUUUUUACCCCAAUGAUGAGUAAAUCUGUAGCUCUUUUACUCUAAGCAGUGAAAUCAUUC